UUUACGCCAGGAAGGAGAUUUCCCGCCAAGACCGACCUGGGUUUCGCGGCCGACUGCCUGCCUCUCUGCGAUCCCUCUCUGCGGCCGAGGAUUUCCUUGCCUGGCGUUGUCUGUUCUUUUUUGGAGUGUCUAAGGCUGUGUCGAGAAGGAAGAGAAGAUGUAUGUCAAGGUGCGAACGAUGGACGGCAGUCAGACUGCUAUAAUAACCAUCUCGAAGUUGACCACCGUGGAAGAUUUCCGGGAAAUGAUCCUGGAGAAAAUGAACGUGACAGCCGAGAGACAACGACUUUUUUACCGGGGAAAGCAGAUGGAAAAUGGAUAUACUCUAUUUGACUACAACAUCAAUAUCAAUGAUGUGAUACAACUAAUGAUAAAGCCAGUUCUCUCCGAGAUUAACUCCAAUGUGCAGGCCAAAGCAUCUUCGGCAAAGCGGGAUGGAGAACAGGCUAACAAGGAGAAUACUAAGACUGACUCAGAAACCAAGAAAAAAUCAGAUGUGCAGGAGAGUCAAUACUACAGAGUGGGAGAUUUGGUUGAUGCAAAGUCUUUGUAUGAUGGAACCUGGUGGGAAGCCAAAAUUAACAAAAUCACAGCAAAUCCUAAAGCUAAGGAGGUAUCUGAUGAAGAUGAUGGUAUGCUUUACCAUGUCACACAUGAAGGGUUUGAGGACGACCUGCCCGAGGAGCUAUUGCUGAAGCACAUUCGACCAAGAGCCUUUCAGAAAGUCAACUUCGAGGAUGUUUGUAAAGGAGACCUUAUUAUGGCUAACUAUAACAUAGAAAAUCCAGAAGAAAGAGGACAUUGGUAUGAUUGCAAAGUCUCAAAGGUUAUGAAUUCAAGGACCCAGAAGGCAGUGGUUGCAACUGUAUUCAUUGGAGCAGACUCCUCGCCGAUGGAUGACUGUCACAUACGCUUUGUUGAUGAACUCUUUAGAAUAGAAAAAAAUAUUAAGUUAGACGAGAGGAAUGGAGAUAUGGAGAGAAGAAUCGUAGAAGGAUCUCCUGUUAAGCGUAAAAAUGCACCAAACUGCGCAACAUGUAAGGAUAACCCAAAGCGCAAAUGUAAGGAAUGUGGUUGCCAUGAAUGCGGUGGAAAAGAGAAUCCGGAGAAACAGCUCAUGUGUGACGAGUGCGACUUACCCUACCACAUUUACUGCCUCACACCACCCAUGGAAGCCAUACCUGAUGUGGAUGAGUGGUUCUGUCCAUUGUGUAAGAAUGAUGAUACAGAAAUUGUCAGAGCAGGUGAAAAGUUGAAGGAAAGCAAGAAGAAAGCCAAAAUGGCUUCUGCUAAAGGCAACACGUCACGGGAUUGGGGGAAGGGAUUCGCCUGUGCAGGAAGACAAAAAGUUUGUACCAUUGUUCCACAAAAUCACUUCGGAGCAAUCCCAGGUGUUGAAGUGGGAACAAUGUGGAAGUUCAGGUUACAGGCAUCAGAAGCUGGAGCACAUCGUCCACAUGUUGCAGGAAUUCAUGGACGUGAGAAUGAAGGCGCUUACAGCAUAGUUCUUUCUGGGGGUUAUGAAGAUGACGAAGAUAAUGGAGAAAGUUUCACGUACACAGGCUCUGGAGGCCGUGAUCUCUCUGGCAACAAAAGAACAGCUGAACAAUCUAGUGAUCAGCUCUUGACUAGGAUGAACAGAGCUUUAGCUUUGAAUUGUAAUAUACCCAUAAACAAGAAUGGAGCUGAGGCAAAGGAUUGGCAAAAGGGGAAACCUGUACGUGUUAUCCGGAACUGCAAGGGGAGAAAGCAUUCAGAGUAUGCUCCAGAAGAAGGAAAUAGGUAUGAUGGACUUUAUAAAGUUGUGAAGUAUUGGCAAGCAAAAGGGAAAAGUGGAUUCAAAGUGUGGCGGUAUCUCUUACGAAGGGAUGACCCUAUUCCUGCCCCAUGGACUAAAGAAGGUAGAAAGAGAACACAGGAACUAGGUUUAGAGAUGGAGUAUCCAGAGGGCUACCUUGAAGCUCAAAAGGAGAAAGAGGAAGCUGCAAAGAAGGAAAGAGAUGCAUCAUCUGGAAGUGAUGAUGAAGGAAAACAGAAGAAAAAGAAUACCAAGAGAAAGAAGAGCAUGGAGACUGAGGCAGAGAAAUCUGAAAAUACACCUUCAAAGUCAAAGAAAAGAAAAACUGCAGGGUGUUCUUUGGAAAAGGAAAUUGAAAAACUGAUUGCAGAAGAUGAAAUUAACCAUAAACUUUGGGAAGAGAGUAAACAGCUCCUAGAAGGGGGACGAUCAAGCUUUUUGAAUGCAGUGGAGGAAAGAUUCUUGUGCAUCUGCUGUCAAGAACUUGUAGUGAAACCAGUUACUACAGAGUGUAAACACAAUGUUUGUCAGGCAUGCUUACAGAGAUCUUUUAAAGCUGAAGUCUUUUCAUGUCCAGCAUGUAGGUAUGAUUUAGGUAAAGGAUAUGCAAUGACAGUUAAUAAGCCAUUAAGCGAGUGCCUAAUAAAACUCUUUCCUGGCUAUGAUGUAGCGCGUUAGUGUGUCAUUUAAGAACUAAAGAAUUCCUUCAUAUAUGUCAUUGACAUUUCUGACUAUUUUUGCACACAAGAAUUAUCUUAUUUAAAGUAAAUCUCUAGUUACUAUUUAAUGACAUUGAUUUCUUCCUAUCAUUUAGUCAGUAUAUUGAAUUCUGAAGGAAUUUUAUGUAUUCCAUUUUUUUCAUGUAUUUUCCAAAAUAUCUCCAUUUGCAUUGUAAAAUCAUUCAUUUCUAACCCAAGUUAUCAUAUUUGUGGUUUGGUUCAUAGUUUGCCUUAGUAUGUUUCAGAUGUUUAUUUAGAUAAAUAGUGGUAAACUGAUGUCUGUAUUUACCAUCUAGUUCUUUCAGCAUCUCCAGUUAUAUUUUGAGAAAACCUUAAAAGUAAAGAAAGCUCUGCUACAUUCCUCUUUUUGUGGAGAGAUUCUGUAUAUACAUCCCAAUGUUCUUAGACAUUUUUAUAAUCUUCAAAAAAGGAACUUUUACUUUUUUUGGUACUUUAUUUAUUUACAGUAUUUUAUCUUUUAAAGUUGGAAAUGUAAUAUUAGACAUCCAAAGUCCUCUAGAUUAUGUUUACUAGUAGAAGAAAAAUUUGUUACACAUGUGCACACAUUUUUAAAAUUAUUGUUAGUAUUUUAUUUUCUUCCUAACAUUAUUUUAGUUUUUAUACCAUCAUCCAUAGAUCAUUAUGUAUCACAUGUAAAUAAAUAUAGAUAAUGGGAGUUUUGUAAUUGAUUAAUAAAAGAAAUUGUGAAGUCAUAUGCUGAGGUUCUAUGGUAGUACCCAGUCCUUAGAGCAGGGGUUCCCAACCUGGGAACCAUGGUGAGCCAUGGAGCAAUAUGAAAAUUAUGACAUUGCAUUGAACAGGAUUUUCUCUCACUACAGUACCUACAUAUAAUUUUCUUUCACAUAUCAAUAAAUUUGAAUUUUU